UGUCACAUUCCAGGGCAGCCAACUUAACGCCGAUCUCGGAAAAUUUCAUAAAAUUGUUCGGCCGGCCGUGCAAAUUUUCAUAUAUUUAUAGUUUUCAACCACAAAAUCUUGGAAUUUUCAUUGUAAAUUUGUGAGAACCCAUCGUUUAAGUAAAGGUAUAAAUAAAAAUUUUGGGGUAAAGCGUUUAAAUGGUUGCUUUAGCAAAGCUAGAAUACCAGCAAUUGCAGCGCUGUAAAAAACAAUUUGCGUCGUCUGGAGUAGUGUCCAUUGCACAUACUUGAGUGCGGUGUGAGGAAGUGGAAAGGUGUUCGAUCGAACGACAUACAGGGGAAAUCGAGAAAAAGGUAGAGAAAGCGAGUAGGCGAAUAGUCUUACGAAUAUUGAAAACUAUAGAUUGAACAACGGAAAAAGUUUUUGCAGUUAUUUUCUUCGUAAUUUGCUAUAAAGAGGUGCGGAAAAUACGCCAAAAGAUAAUACAGAAAAAAAGUUUGGACAUUCAACUUUUCAUAUUCAGUAGUUUCCAUUAUAGGAUGCAUAGAAUGCACAAAGUUUAUUGGUGGAGCUGGCCAUUUCGUCACAUGAUUGACUAGUUAGUAUAUUGUCCAAAAAUUAAAAACUAAACAUAUAUGUACAUAUCUAUGUAAUAGUGCAAUUUACACGCCUAUGCGAGAAUCACAAAUCGUAGUAAAUGUGUGUGCGUGGACAAAUAAUCGAAGCCAAAGCGGUAGCGAAAAAAUCGAUUUGAUAUAACACUAAAAAAGCAAAACCAUAGAUGCACUCAGUGCUCAGUGUGCGAAUCGUACUACCAAAUAAAAAGGAACGUCACAUGGGAUUGAGGAGCAACAUCAGUAGCAGUUGCAGCAUUUAAAAAUAUGUAUUAAAACCUAUUCUGACUGUUUCGUUUAAGAAAAUUUUGGUUUCAUCAACGGCGACCAUUACACUGAUAUCGCUGUCGGUGAUUAUGCCAAAACUCCAGCGCAAAAUCGAACUCCUCCUGACAACAUAAACAUACUUUUUAGGGAAAGCAAGACUCCAGCUGUAACUGGACUGGAUAUCGGACGUCUACAGUAGCAGCAGGCGCCGCAGCAAAUGCAUUUCCAACAGGCUAUGUGUUCAAAAAAUGCCCAGAAAUGCUGCAAAAAAAUUAAUUAACGACGAGGUGUGUCUUCCAAUACAAACAGCUAAAACAACAACAACAACAGAAACAAUAAUUAUAAUAAACUCAGAAAACGAUAUACGAGGUACUACACCAACAAAAUCCACUACUACUACACAACCAACAGGUCAAGAAAAGAAGAAGAGCAAAGCAGAAUUAGAACAAACACAGCAGCAAACACAAAAACAAACAUUAAAAACCAAACUACAUCGCAGAAAACGGCGACGCAGACAAAGAACUAAAAAACGUACCAGCACAGGCUGUGCGAAACCGCCAUCAGAAACAACAACAACAACAGCAGCAACUAAAGUAGCUGCCGACAAAAAGCCAGCUAAGUCAAGAACCUCGAAAAAGUUCUAUUGUCCGCCUUAUUUCUCAACACUCUAUCCCGUUGUUAUCGAGACUUGUCUGGAAGCAGAGUUACAAGCCACCAGCGCUAGCAGCAAAUCGGGUACAACUGCAAGUAACACAAGCGCUGCUGGAGUUGGCGCAAGUAGCACCGGCGUUGGUGCAACUUCUACUCCACGCCCGCCAGUCAGUGCUGGGGGUAAACGUCAGUUACGCAGGCGUCGCAGCGUCACCAAUUUCAGCAGCCGCAAGAACAGAGCUAGAGCCAAAGCAGCGGCGGCAGCAGCAGCUGCGUCGGCUGCAGCUAAAGUACGCGUCAACAGUAAGGAAACCGCUGCACGAUUAGCGACAUUACGCAAUCGAAAAAAGCCAGAAGAAGAUAGCGCCAAGAAUAAGAGGAAGGAGCAAAAGUCAGCAGCGCCUGGUACUAGGGGCACCACCAGCAGCAGUGAUCAGCAAGUAAAAAGGCACGCAGCCUGGUAUAACUUGGAUGAAGCAUUGCUGAACAAAAUCGAACCACUCGAAGUUGAGGUGAAAAAAGCCGGCAGUAAGCGUAAGCGCGACAGUAGCGUUGCAGUAGCACGCAAGCGCAAUAGCAUUACACAUAAACACACUCCGCCGCCCGCGGUGCACUUAUCUCCAGCAGGCUUUGAUUUUCCUGCGCUCAAUUGCAUUGGCGCGCCGGCAGUGGAAAUUAUCGCCAGUACCAGCAUUGUUAAAGUCUCAACUACAGUCACUGCUGAGUUAACAGGCGUCUCAACUUCAACCAGUAUUACAACAACAGCGCUAGCACCAACAACCGCAACCACAUCUAGUGCUUCUGCGCCAAUCUCAACCGUUGGCAGCGCCAAAAAACGCGGACGUUGCAGCAUGUCGCUCUACGAGCGUCGCUACCAAACCACUGAUGCAGAGGCGCGUGCAGGCGCGGGCGUAGUCACGAACGGCUACCUUAGCUCGACGCGCACCUCAUCAGCCUCAUCUAGUGCCGUACAUUCGGACGCUGACAAUACCCAGGACAUCAGCCAACAGUACUAUAUGCCCGUGGCAUCAGUCUCUAGUAGUGGGCUCGCCGGCAGCAGCAGCAGCGGCAGCGGUGUCGUUACAGGCGUACAGCUCGGCAACGGCAGCGCCCUUAAUCAUGCACCAUCCAUGGCGACGCUGUGCAACAUUGGCAACACUUGCUACCUGAAUUCGGUGGUGUAUACGUUGCGUUUUGCUCCACAGUUUCUACAUAAUCUCCAUCAUUUGAUAGUCGACUUGUCGAGCAUACAACAGUGUAUUGCGCGACAACGUGCCGCCAAGUCGUCGUCGCUGGGGCGCGGCAUUAGUGCGGUGCAGCUAGAGAAUGCGCGCAGUUGGAGCAGCAAAGAUUUAGCGGCACUCGAGCAGAAUGCGCUUAUGAGUGCCGGUGUAGGUGGUGGUGGCGUGGGCGGCUGUGGCGGCGGCAUUGGACAAAAGAGUAGUCAUCAAAUGUUGACUGAACGUUUGCAUGAGCUUUACCAGUGUUUGCAUCGCAACGAGUUGGCCGAAUCGACGGAGCCCUUCCAUGCGGAUACCCUGCUGCAUGCGGUACAGGAUGUGAAUGCAAUUUUUGAAGGAAAUCAACAGCAGGAUGCGCAUGAAUUUCUAAUGUGUUUGUUGAAUAGCAUUCGAGAGACUUGCCAGCUGCUGAUAAAAGCAAUUGGCGAGUAUCCCGAUUUAAUAAUGAAUGGUUACAUUCGCAAUCCCGACGAAUUGGAUGCCUACACCAUCGAACGUGACGCACUCACUGGUGGUGUCACUGCCACCACAAGCAGCAGCAACGCCCUUGCUGGUGGUAGCAGUGCGUCCACCGCAACCAAUGCCACCAAUUCAUCGUCGUCUAGUCUCAGCACAAGCAACAUAACGAAAGCGUCAUUCUUCUCGCGCAAAUCUAAGCGAAAAGAGGAAUCGAAAAACUCCAAAAACUCACGUCUACAAUCUCCUCUGAAGGAUGGUCAGAGUGGUGGUCUGCAGGCAACUUCCAACAGCUUAUUCUACUUGAACUCGGUAGACCUCAGCGGCGCGUCAGCAACAGCAGCCAAUGCAUCGGCAAGUAGCCCAAGCGCCACAGUGAAAGGUGUGGCUAUCAACACCACGGCGGGCAAUGAUUCGAACAGUGAACUUUCGUCACCUGUCAGCAUGUUGAAGGAUAAAGAACGUUUAGCUGAGAAGAUACGCGAAUUGGGCUUGGAUUUUUUUAGCGAAGAUUUUGAAGGUGUAACAGUCUCCACUACCAAGUGCUUGAGCUGUGAAACGGUGACGGAGCAGAAAGAAAGCAUGAUCGAUAUAGCAGUACCGGUGCCCAUUUCCGGCUAUGACGUCGCCGAUUACUCGGACAAACCCAGUGCGUUUAUACAGAAUUCAUGCGUUACCCGCGAAUUCUUUCGUGGCGAGAAUAAAUACCGCUGCGAGCAGUGCACAGGCUACACCGAAGCCAUACGCUCCAUUUCGUAUGAAGUGUUACCGCGCCUUUUGAUUAUCCAGUUGAGUCGUUUCUCCGGCGGCAUGGAAAAGAUCAAUAGCUACAUUCCCACUUCGUUCACGUUGCAGUGUUUUUGUGCCAAAUGCUGCGAGCUCAGCGACGCCAACAAGCUGCACAUCUACAAGCUAUACAGCGUUAUAACACAUGUGGGCGCCACAAUGUCCGUGGGUCACUAUAUCGCUUACACCUGUUCACUUGAGUGGGCCAACGAAUAUUUGAACUGCCCGAAGGAUAGGCGAAAUGCUAAUAGCAAUAGCGGUUCACAGCAAAUGGGCGGCCAAGCAAACGGUCUGUCAAAUAAUAGUCUCUAUCCGUUGGGCGGCGGUUCAGCGGCGUCUGGUGGCGGCUCCACGCCAAGCGAACGCAGCAGUCCCGGAACACAAGCUGCAUCAGCGGCAAGCGCGGCCGCCUCGGUGCUCGCUUCAUCGGGCUCCAGCCUGAUGAAAAAGAUGAAAUUUGGACGCAGCAAAGCAUCUAGCAGCGGUGAUAUGAGUAAAAAUGUGAAAAGCCUGAAUGGCAUCACGAGCAAAACCAUCACGAAUGGUAUUGGCAAGCUCAGCAUGAAUACCACAUGCCACAGUUUGAGUUGCUGCGCAACACGCAUUUGCAGCGUACAACAGCAACAGCUGCAGCAGCAGCAACAUCAAUUGAGCGCCAGCAAUAGUGAGUUGAGUGAAGAGACACUGCAGAAUGGUACGAAUCACGCCUCAGCGUCCAUGAGUGUCAGUGGUAGCAGUAAUGCUGGCGGCGGUGGUAGCGUCACUGGCAGUGCUGCCAGCAGCACAACGAGCGGCUACAGCAGUUACCCAGCCGGUUAUGGCAGUACAGGACGUGGUGGUACGAAAGCUAGCGCUUUUGGCGGUUAUGCGUCUAGCUGUGGCAGUCUUUCUGCGGCCGGCAGCAGCAAUGGCGAACCCAUUUGGUAUAUGUGUGACGAUGACAAAAUCAAAGCGAUGACCCAACGCGAAUUCGAGGAAUUGCUAUCACCCGCGCGCAAAAUCACUGUUACGCCGUACCUGCUCUUCUACGCACGCUUCGAUUUGCAAACAUCGACGCCACCUAGCGCUAAAUCCACUUCAACCGCAGCGCAACAAUCUUCCUGGUCUAACGAAAAUUUGACGCAGAAUCCGAGCGCAACAGCAGCUGCCUUGCAUAAAAUGUGAGUAACGCUGAGCGAGUCGAUGGUGACGGCGGCAGCAGUGGCGGCGGCAAUGUCGUCGGCACAACAGCAACAAAUGCAGUUGCAGCAGCUGGAUCAGCUAAUGGAUGCAGUCGCUGUAGCGGCGCAUUCACGCAAAUCCAGACAUCAUAGUUGCACGCGUCGCCGUUGCAACUGUGAGCAGGUAAUUUAAUUAGCGGCUGCGAUGGCGCGGGCGAAUGGCAAACGCUAUGAAAUGAAACGUAGAAAACGACGAGCUCUUGGAGGAGCUGUAACGGAUGAUUAUUGCUAUAGGCGAAUAGGAGGAGGAGGAGGAGGAGGAGGAGGAAGUCGCACAUUGGCCGCGUCAUCGGUGGCGGCGAGAAAACAUGCCCGCAUGUAUACCCGCGCGCCUGCCUCUUUUCCAAUUGUGAUUGUGCUAAUUAUUAUCAUUAUUAUUUUUUUUAUUCUUUAUUAUUAUCGUUAACGUAGUGAAACACUUACAAACACAUACGUACAUUGAAGCAAUCAGUUUGUAAUAAUGAAUAAAAUAGUUAUGCUUACUAAACUUUUUUCACAUUUCAUUAAGCAAUUAAAUAUGUAUUAAUAUUUUACGCGUAAUGCUAAAUAUAAGUGACUUUAGUUAACACUCGUAUUAUUUUAGGUGUUUUAAGCAAGAAGACUUGCUUUGUAUGCGAUUAAAGUUUAACAGUUUGAAUCUUCAUAGUUGAGCUUGACCAAUUUAGCUGUCUACAGUAAGCUCAUUUUUUUCAGAAUAAGCAAAUUAUAUGGGUUUCACAUGAGAAGAAAGAUCUGCCAAAAGAAAAAAUGUACAUAGUUUUCUUUACACAUCGAGCUUAGCGAACGUAUUACUACAUACCAUUCAGCUCUUUUAAUAAGCUAUUCAGCUCUUUUAUUAAGCUAUUCCAGACUUUAAUUCAGAUAUUGGGGUGUUCGAUUGUUACAUCAAAUCCGCUGCUUGUUCCGAUUUAUGGCGUUGGCUCAUGGAAUAGCUCUUCCUGUACCGUGUCAGUCGUUUGAACUGUAAUUUAGCAAUUAAGCACUUCAGAUAUUCCGUUCAUUCGCCCAGCUCUUCAAUUGGAUUCUUCAGCUCUUUCAAUUUGCUAAUUAGCCCUUUGAUUAAGACUCUCAGCUCAGCUAUUAAGCCGUUCAAUGAUAUUUAAACUUUUGACGUUCUAAUUCAGCAAUUCCGCUAUGAAAUUCAGUUAUUUGUUGACAUUUUUAGUUUCCAUUGCGACUGCUUAUGGCAGUCCCUUUUUUUUUGUACGACUUGGCACUAUAAUUGAAAUAUUCAGACACUCAGCAUACCAGCGCAACUAUACUGAUAUUCUUCGUAAUGACUGCUAAGCUAGCUGUAAAGGUCUUUACUUUAAAUUCGAUUUUUAUUCGCCAUGCUAACUCAGAUUCCUAUGUUGUAUUCAAAGUUUAUUGCUACACGCUUUAUGCCACUAAGUUCUACUACAUGUACAAUUGUUAAUAUAAUAGCCUACAAAAGUAAAAAAGAAUCUUUUUCGUUUUAAAAUAAAAAUUGAUGAAAACAAAGUUGACUGAUUCCUCCCAUUUAUACAUAUAGUACAUACAAACAUAAGGCAAUGCUGAAAACCUAACAAAAACAUACAUAUGAAAGUAAUUGGAAAGCAUUACAAAAAAUGAAUUUAAAUAAAAAAAUUGUUAAAAAAAAAAAUUUAUAAAAAUACACACUUAAAAAGCCUUAGGCCUGUUCGUACUCUGCAACUACUUGAUAAGUUAAGUUAGCGUCGAUAAGAAAGAACAAACAUAACGAUAGUACAUACUAAUAAUAAAACAGAAGAUAAAAAAAAAAAUGUUAAAUGCUAAGCAAAU